AUGUUAUUUAAGAUGAAAGAAGCAAGUGUUAAAGAUAACACUAAUGGUGUAACUCAUUACCAAUCUUCUUAUUCUUCUCCUUCAAUGGGAACUGUCUAUGCAAAUAUGGAUUCUCUAUCACUUAACUAUGCUGCUUCUUCUUCAUCUCAAGACUGCUAUGUCUCUAAGGAGGGUACUGCUACUAACUGGUCUUUACCACUUAUGAGAGAAUGUUAUCUUACAAGAAACUUUGAAGAAAACAACAAUAUUCAUGAUGUUGAGGAAAGUAAUGGUAAUGGUUCUGAUUCUGGUGAUGGUGUUGAAGAAAACAGUGACAAAAUUAACCUCAAUGAAGAGCACAACCCUAAUGAGAAUAAUAGUGGACAUUCUAAACUAUGUGCAAGAGGUCAUUGGAGACCUGCAGAAGAUUGUAAACUCAAAGAACUUGUUGCUCUUUAUGGUCCUCAAAACUGGAACCUCAUCGCUGAAAAGCUACAAGGAAGAUCAGGUAAGAGUUGUAGGCUUAGAUGGUUCAACCAGUUAGAUCCAAGAAUAAACAGAAGAGCUUUUAGUGAAGAAGAGGAAGAAAGACUAAUGCAAGCUCAUAGGAUUUAUGGAAACAAAUGGGCUAUGAUUGCAAGGCUUUUCCCAGGAAGAACUGAUAAUGCAGUUAAGAAUCACUGGCAUGUUAUAAUGGCCAGAAAGUAUAGAGAACAAUCAAGUGCUUACAGGAGAAGGAGGUUGAAUCAAUCAGUUUAUAGAAGAUUAGAAGAUAAUACAAACUUUGUCUCAAGAGAUAUAGCCACAGGGAUGGAUCCAGUUUCGUCACCCUAUUGUGCUUUUAACUUCCCAAAUGUCUAUAAUAUGACUAGUUUUCCAUAUCCAUCUUUUCAUGGUGGUGUUGAAUGUGGCUUAAAUGGUUCAUCUUCCAUGAAUGGUGGCAAAGAAACCAUCUCAAGCAACAAGCAGUCUGUUUCUCCUAUUGAUUUCUUUCCAGGUGCUAAUAGAAAUGAGUAUUGUAGCCAAAUGAAAUGGCAUGAUAGGCCAAGUGAUUUACAUAAUCAACCAAUGAGUUUCUACUAUAAUUAUCCCCAAUAUAUGAUGCCAAUGCCGCACCAACAGCAACAACAAAACAACAAUCACAACAACAAUAGUACUAAUAUUUAUAGUUUCUCAUCGAAUUCAACCACAGUAGCGACAAGGGCACAAAUAUUGAACAGUGAAGUUUCACUAUCAUCAGUGGCAGCAGAAGAAAUAGAUCAAGUUCUGAUGACUAAUCCACCUCCACCUUCAGAUGCAAUUCCAUUUAUUGAUUUUCUUGGAGUAGGAGCCACAUGA